AUGGGGACUCUGUCGCUUGAACCCGAUGAUGUAACCUCGGAUAUAUACCUUUCGUUGGGCCUUAAAGAUAUCGAUAAAGGUGUUGGAGUUCCAAGGGUUUUGUCACUUCUCGCUUCACUUCUUGAGAGAUCUGUUCAGAGAAAUGAAAUGCUAUUGGAAACGAAACAUGUAGAAGAUGUUGUUACAGUGUUUCACGGUUUAAGAGCGCCUGCUCUGAGUGUUCGUAAGUACAUUGACCGUAUCUUUAAGUACUCGAGUUGCAGCCCAUCGUGUUUUGUUGUCGCGCAUGUAUAUGUGGAUAGGUUCAUUCAGCACACAGAGAUCAAAUUGACCUCACUUAAUGUGCACCGGCUUCUCAUAACCAGCAUUAUGCUAGCAGCAAAGUUUAUCGAUGACGCAUUCUUCAAUAAUGCUUACUAUGCUAAAGUUGGAGGUGUAAGUACAUCAGAAUUAAACAGAUUGGAAUUGAGCUUUUUGUUUGGUAUAGAUUUUAGACUUCAGGUUAGUGUAGACACAUUUGGAAGAUAUUGUUUGCUAUUGGAGAAGGAAGGUUCAGAAACACUUCAAAUUGAAAGACCAAUGCAGGCUUGUAGAAUUAAAGAAAGUUGGUCAAACAAAGAUGAGCCUCCAUGUGCUGCCACAAUUGCAAGAUGGUAG